UAUCUAAAUUGUUCGUACUUAGAGCCAUGUAUGACACACAGAAACACAAUUUUUUAUUAAUGUUAGAUUUGUAAGUAAAACACUGCCGCUAACAAGUUUGGAAUUUUACAAGACAGUAUAACUUGUAUUACAAAUUUCACAAACUAUCAGAAUGGAAUCUGAAUCACCGUGGUAUUCUUCAUUGCUGUCUGACCGAAUAAUAGCUAACGAUGGCAUUACCGACGAAAUCCAAACUAUUGUAGCUGAUAUCACGGCCAACCAUAUCAACCUGCUAACAAUUAUAGAGAAUUUAGGUGGAGUGCUAAUCCAUAAAGAGCCAGAAAGCCGUGAAAAAGGGAUGUCCUUUUUUACAAAACUUCUGAAACAACUACCAAACAAUCUUUUAACAGAGACUGAAGUAAGAUUUAUUGCAAAAUUCUAUGCCGAUCGAUUGAAAGACAAUCACAGAGUAAUACCGGCUGUGUUAGAGGGGUACUUAUCAAUUAUUGAUAUGAAAAAUUACAGCAUAGAGAAUUGUGAAGAAUUUUUCAUAUUAUUGUUUAGAGAAGUUCCAUGUCAGUCUCAAGUGAGACAGGACAGAUAUCACAUUUAUCUGAUCAUAAAAAAAUUGUUUGAAAAAAAUUCUGGUUACUUGAAAUCUUUGGGAACAGACUUUGUCUAUGGCACGAUAUCAUCAAUAGAUGGUGAAAGAGAUCCCCGCAAUUUACUGUUCCUCUUUAAUUUUCUGCCAAUGUUUCUGUCGGAAGUUCCGCUUGGGCACUUAAAUGAAGAGAUGUUUGAAGUUAUAUCUUGUUACUAUCCUAUUGACUUCCAUCCCUCGCCCAAUGAUCCCGAAGCCGUGACUAGACAGGAGUUAGCAAACGCGCUGUGCCCUUGUUUAUGCGCUAUUCCAGAGUUUGGAGAACUAUGUAUGGUGUUAUUAAUUGAGAAGUUAGACUCCCAUUUGCGGUUGGCAAAACUGGAUUCUUUGCAACUUUUGACUGAAAGCUGCAGAACCUUCAAAGCAGAUAGCUAUGCACCAUUCCUGAGAACAUUAUGGACAUCAAUCCAACGAGAAAUAUUCCAAAAGACUGAUGAUGAACUAAACAUGGCUGCACACAAAGCAUUGUCCGCUCUAGUAACAAAACUGUCCAUCACUGUUAACACAGAUCAAGGUUUUGAAAGUUUCGUCAAAGGAAUACUUAUAUCAAUACAGACACGUAUAGCAGAGUCUACAACUGCAAUACAGUUUCUCCAAGCAGUAAGAGUUUUGUUAACAACAGCCAAUGCCGCUAAAGAAGCCUGUGUCAUAAUAGCAGCAGCAAUGAUACCAGCUGCAAUGACAUUUAGCGACUUCAACUCUUCGCAACGUCUACAAAUUGGCUGUUUGGAAUUUUUAGGAGACUUAUAUGCAGUUGCGAAACAUUGGGAUAUCUUGCACAUGAUUAAAGAACAGAUUGGAGCAAUCCCUCAGCAUUGUUUGAAUGCAGUGAGCAUGCCAGUGAAAGAGUUCCAAAUAGCUGGCUUUAAACUUUUGAUUAAAGUCAUAAAUGAAUUGCAAAGUGACCUGGUUUUGCCUUUUGUUGAAGUUCUAAUCCAUAACGUUCAAUAUUCUCAUGAAAGUGACUUGUUGAGUAUAAGCGUUGAAACGGUUCACGUAAUAGCAAGAAAAUAUCCUGAAUUAACUAUGAGUUUAGUGGUUAAAGGCAAAUGUCAUUUAAACAGCGUUCUCUGUGAGAAAAAGGCAGUAGAGAAACGUUUGUUAUUGUUAUCAAACUUGGCCAGUAUAGACGAUUUCACUAAAAUUAUUAUAGAGGAAAUGUUGAAAGUUGUUACCAACAGCCAGGACGAAGCUGGUCUAAAAUGCUCAGUGGCUAGAGUUGUAGAAGCUUUGAGUGAGUCAAUAUCAAAUAGCAAUUUAUUUUCAGAACAUAAAGUUGCUCAAAUAGAGAGUGAUCAUAGUCUUAUUGAUUCUGUUCUUGCUUGGAUUUUUAGAGAAAUACAAGAUAUAUCUCACGAUAAAUUGUCUCAUGGUUAUCAAUUAAUAUCACAUACUAUGAGCAGUUUGCCUCGAGAGAAACAGCAGCAAAUGUUGUGUAAACAUGCACCAUCAGUCUUAGAAAAAUGUAAACAGAAUGAGAAAUAUCUCUUUAUUUUAGAGAGUCUCUACAGUUCAGUGGAUCAUAGCGUCUUUGAUGACACUUUUCAAAUUGUAUUGUCUACGACAUUAGAUUUCGCGGUGAUGAGUGAUAACGAGAUUAUAAGAACCAAAGCUUGUGGAUUGUGUGCGCAUUUUUUGAAUAAAGCUGAGUAUGGACCGAAGUUUGAAUUGUUGUACGAUGAGCUAAAGAAAUAUCUGUCUAUGUGCCCUACCAAUAAUCAGAAUCUAUGUACGAAAUUGACACUUUUGUAUGCUUGGAUUGCAAAAGCAUUGGUUAUGAGAGGAAGCGACUUGUUUUUGUUUUGGUUGCAAAAGAUAUUAGUGGCACUAUCUAGCCCAGAUUACUCUCGUGACGCAGCUGAGGCAUUACAUGUCAUAAUGACUGACUCACCGGACUAUUUAACACCAAGGCAUCACUGUCGCGUCAGUCUCCUAUACAAACAAAGGAUGUUCCAAUCAUUUUCUAAAUUGGCAGAAUGUUUUAUUGUAAAGGAAGAAAUUAAGGAAAGUUACAUGCUGAGUUGGGCUUAUAUUUUAGCUAAAACUCCGAAGACUGUGCUUAAUGAUGAAGUUGAAAAGAUCGUACCUCUGGUAAUCGACUCUCUUGUGUAUGGCAAUAAAGAGUUGCUCCUGGUUAUGGUUGAUAUCCUCACCUACUUCGUGAAAACAAACAGCAUAGUCGCGUCCAGCCUACAAACUGUUCUGCCUAGAUUGGUAAAACUAUCUCAAUAUGUUGAGUCCAUGGAUAUUCGAAUAAAAAGCCUACAAUGUCUAUACGAGAUUGCCAACUGCUACCGCACGAUAUACCUACUACCUUACAAACAAGACGUCCUAUUCGACCUUGCACCAGCUUUAGACGAUAAGAAACGCCUAGUUCGCAAUACCGCUGUAAAGGCGCGCACACGUUGGUUUCUGAUUGGUGCUCCUGGUGAAGCAAAAGAAAACUGAUUGAAUGAGCGAACAAGGUUAUCUGACCAAUGAGAAACAAAAGAUAACUGACCAAAAUGCGACUUUCAAUUCGAAAUGAGAAUGCAAGCUGUGAGUUUGCAUAAUGUUAUAUAAUACAUACCUGUAAAUGUUGUUUAUUUUAACGAACUUAAUAAGCUCAAAUUUCGCACCAAUACAACAAGUAUAAUUUUUACACUGAUUGGCUAUAAAGAUGUUAUUUUUUGUUAAAAACAGUAAAUAUUAAAAAACCUUGCUUUUUUACUCUGUUGCGAGCAUAAUAAGACUUGUGUCAUAAAAAUAUUGUAAACCUUUUAAUACUUACAUUUUAAGAGACAAUAAGCUAAACAAACAAUGCACAUGCAUUGCACUGUAGAAACU